AUGCAAAGGUAUUCCAGGGAUGCCAUCAAGGGGGGUCCAUUCGGACUGGGCUGGGUGAGGCGGUCCCCCGCCGAACUCGACUUGUUCCGCCUAACCGACCCGCGGCUGGGCCCCGUAUUUACAUUGAGCGCGGGCCCCGCUUCGGCGGGAUUUAUGCGGAGGGCCGCGGUGUAUGACGUGCGCGUUAUUAUUGGCCCAGAUGCGUUGUUUUCGCCGUUUCACCGGCCCGAGGAGGACGCGAAGCCCGCUGGCGACGCGGACGGCGUCCGCUGCUACUGCAACACCGCGCAGUGCGUGGGCACCGGCUACAUGUGCAGGUCGCGCCCCGGCGGCGGCUGCUACAGCGAGCUGCCGGCGCCGAGGAGGCCGCACCACGCGCGACACGGCUGUCUGCACCACCUGGCCGACAGUGAACAGGAGGCACUUGCCCACUGCCAGAAUAGUCCGUCGCCUGGAGCUCCACCACCAGGGGAACAUUCGUUGCUGCUCUGCUGCUUCCGGGACCUCUGCAACCACGAGGACAGCCCCCUGGCGAGGGCCAGGCUGAACCUCACCAAUGAGUUAGAUCCGAACGGGGUGGCAACAGAGCGCGGCGCCACCUACAACAGCGAGGUAUGGUUCAAGGCUGCCACCAUAGCGGUGCCCGUUUGCGGCGCACUCAUCCUGUUCCUGCUGGUAGCUGUUGCUGUCAGGCUGCUGAGGGCAGACGCACUGCUCCAGGCCGAUCGGAAACUGAGAGGCGGCUAUAUGUCUCCAGCGCAGCAUUGUCCCGAAGACGUGAAGAAGGUGUGGGUCGGCAACGCGUCCUCGCCUCUUCUAGUGGCCCCCGGCGGUUGCCUGGUGGCCGUAGAGAGGGCCCAGCUAGUCGACGCCCCCUCCGCGCAGCUCUGCGACAUCCAGCGG